AUGCCUUUAGAACCGCGCGAGUUUUAUCAAAAUCAGACCCUGAAAGGAUUGAGCGAUUCAGAUGAUAAGACUACAGAAAAAAAGUACGAUUUCAAAAGUAUCGAAGAAAAGUAUAGAUUUAGAAACAAUGAAGAGGCUAAGAGGUUUAAAGUGGCCACGGAUGGCAGUGAAGACACAACUCCAGGGUCACGUCGCAUCGUGGGCGGCCUGGAGACCAGUGUGAGCGUGUGUCCUUACAUCGUCGCCAUCUCCAAGCACGGGAGGCACUGGUGUGGAGGAUCUAUUAUAGAUGAGCAGUGGGUGCUGACCGCCGCGCAUUGUAUGCAAGCCGUGUUUGAAGAGGACAGAAGGGUACUGACUCCAUACACGGUGCGGGCUGGCAGCUCCUACCACAGCCGCGGCGGGUACCAGGCGCGCAUAAAUAAGGUGUUCUUCCCGCACCAAUACAAUCCGGACGGUGCAGACUACGACUUCUGUUUACUCCGCCUGGACCGGCCGCUGCCGAUCGGACGCAGCAUCGCCGUGCUGGACCUCCCGGCUAGAGACUACGCCUUGGAGGUCGAUGAUAUCCUGGUAGUCUCGGGAUGGGGAAGCACUGAUAAGACAGGCAACGGCCACGUGCCUGACCGGGUCCGCUUUGUGCCGGUCCCUCUCCUGAGCACGAGCGAGUGUCAGCGCGCCUACAAGUUCCCCAUCACUCCGAGGAUGAUCUGCGCCGGGUACUCCAAAGGAGGGAAGGACGCUUGUAAUCACGACUCCGGAGGGCCAGCAGUACGGGACAACAUCCUACUUGGCGUAGUCUCUUUCGGAGGCCGCCGCUGUGGGGACCCCAACUCUCCUGGAGUCUACAGCCGAGUCUCGGCACUCACCUCCUGGAUUGAAAAGACUAUAAGGAACAAUGAGGCGGGUGAAGACCCUGCACUCCUGCCGAAGAUAAAAGAAGCUAGGAAGCGCGAGAGAGAGAUGAAGAAAUUCAAAUCCGGGAUGAAUGCAAAAAAGCAUAAAAUAAAAACAUGGCUUCGGGAAACCAUAAACUCGCCUACUUUCCUCAACAUAGCGAAAAAUAAAUUAAUAUCAAACAAAAUUUACUAGCGAAGCUACUACAACCUACAGCUUAUCGUUAAAUAAUGCAAAUUUCUUCAAUUGUGUCUUGAUGCUAAAACUGAAGCU